ACUUUUUUUUUAUUCCAAGAUCUUGUGAGUUGUGUGCGUAUGCUGAAACAACUUGUGCAGUCAGGCCGCCCGCAGCUUUCCUUCUCAAGGCCACGGCCGCUGCCGACCAUUCCGUCGAUCGUAUUAGCGUGCGUAUUUUUGCGCGGCCUAUUAUCCUUAUUCGAGGGCAUCCUCUUCUUCAUCUUCCUUUCAGUGAUUGUCACUUUCACUAUUUUUUUCGUUGAAGCCCUAAGCUUUGCAGGCGAAGCUUGCGAUUCAGAAACUCUUUUUUUUAAAAAAAAAAAAAAAAAUUUCCAUCCCUCCAGCCAACCGUUUACGAUUACGACCAACUCUCUUGCUGGACCGAAGCGACCAUCCAUCAUCUUGCAUUCACGCAUAGGGUGAAGUUUUGUGAUAUUGCCAGUUGAUUUUGAUGGAAGAAAAUGGAGAUGGGAGAGAUACUGAAUCUUAUGGUGUGUUGUUGUAUUAUAACUACAUUUCCAUACCUGACGCUACUUCCCUAGCCAGAUUCUAUGACACCCAUUGCAGAUCACUUAACCUCUUUGGCCGCAUCCGGGUUGGUCAUGAAGGUGUCAAUGCCACUAUUGGUGGGAAGUUAUCUGCUUUGGAAGAGCACAUAACAGUCAUGAAUUCAAACAGCUUGUUUGAUGGCACUGACUUCAAGCUAGCACCUUGUGGUCAUCCAUCAAAUGAAAAGAUUGCAAGGGAAUGUGGGUUUACCUCUCUCUCUGUUCGAGUUGUCAAGGAGCUGGUAACUUUUAUGUCUGAUCCAUUGUUGAAAUCGCCAGUGAUCUCAAAUGCUGGAAGGCACCUCUCUGCAUCUGAGUUCCAUUAUGUUCUUCAUCAAGCUGCUGAGUGUGCUAAUGAUGCAGGAAAUGCUUUGCAAUGUGAGGCAAGAAUGCAGAAUGAGGACCUUGUAUUGCUUGAUGCAAGGAAUGUGUAUGAGACUAGAAUUGGGAAGUUCAAAAUACUGAAUAUUAAUACCCUCGAUCCAGAAAUAAGGCAGUACAGUGAUUUAGCUUCGUGGAUAGAUAAGCACUCUGAAAGGCUUCGUAACAAGAAUGUUCUGAUGUAUUGCACUGGAGGCAUAAGAUGCGAAAUGGCGUCAGCCUAUAUCAGAUCAAAAGGUGCAGGCUUUGGGAACGUGUUUCAGUUAUUUGGUGGUAUACAGAGAUAUAUGGAGCAAUUUCCUGAUGGUGGUUUCUUUAAAGGAAAAAAUUUUGUCUUUGAUCACAGGAUUUCUGUUGGAAGUCAGGACAAGGAUGUGCUCGGAACCUGUCUUAUAUGUGGUUCUCCCUUUGAUGAUUAUUCAUCUCGUUGUCGGUGUUUCUACUGCAGAAUGUUGGUUUUGGUUUGCUAUAAUUGUCAGGGCAAUUAUAGAGGAAGAUACAUAUGUGAGCUGUGCCAGAAACACGACAAUGUAGAAAAGCCCGUUCCUCUUGUGCAAAAUAGUCAGUUGCAUCAGGAACUCUCACAGGAGUCAUUUGAUGUUACUGAGACUGAAGCAGAAACUUCACAUGAUAGCAGUGCAAAGCCUUGUCGUGAACACUCUACUAUAUCAGUUUUUGAUCGCCGCAGGAAGCUAAGAAUCCUGUGUUUGCAUGGCUUCCGACAGAAUGCUUCAAGUUUUAAGGGAAGAACAUCAUCACUGGCCAAAAAACUCAAGAAUAAUGUCGAGUUCAUCUUCAUUGAUGCUCCUCAUGAAUUACCAUUUAUUUAUCAACCAACUGAACAACAAAUUUCUCCUGUACUCUUGGAGAAGUGCAAGAAAAGAUUUGCAUGGCUCAUUUCUCCUAAUUCAACAUCAUCGGAUGAAAAAGAACAACAGUUUGAUCCUUUUCAGUAUAAAAUGCAAACUGAAGGAUUUGAACUGUCAUAUUCUUACCUACAAGAUGUGGUCUUAAAAAAUGGUCCGUUUGAUGGAAUCCUUGGAUUCUCUCAGGGAGCAGCCAUUGCUGCUUUGUUUCUUGAGCAGCAGCAAAGAAGUGGCCAAGUAUCUGGUCUCCGAUUUGCCGUUCUCUGCUCUGGGUUUUCUACUGUAUCUAGCAAGUCCGUCGGAGGAUUUAUCAAAUGCCCAUCUCUGCAUAUUUUUGGUGAUGGCAGGGGAAGAGAUAGGCAGAUUAACUGUGAAGUUAGCAGGGAUCUUGCUGACUUGUUUGAUAAAAAUAGUUCAGUAACCAUCGAGCAUGAUAUGGGUCAUAUUAUUCCCACUAGAUCACCUUAUAUUGAUCAAAUAAAGGCAUUUCUUCUGUCUUUCCUCUGAUUUAUUGUUGAAAUAUACUAAUCCUGUGUAAUUUUAGUCUUAUUUUGUUUUGCUUGGAGAAGGAAAUCAAGCAUUCUAAGGUGUAAUGCUAAAUUUCCAAGCUUUAGCAAUGCUUCUUGUAAGUAUAAUCUGCUGCAAAAUUGAUGCGAGUUAAAGAAGUUACAGUUAUAUAUGUUUUGUAUGAAUUUCUUUAUUUUUUUUA